ACGAUCGUGUCAUGCGCACACACAUCGUUACAUUGGUCAUGCGUAGUGGUUUAUAACAAUAGUAGUUUGAUUUUUAUUUUAAUUGUGUUUUAGUGAUUUUUGUUCUGUGGUAAACUGGAAAAUGGAUACGAAAGUGAUUGUUCUAUAUUUUUGUGCGGUGUUCGUUGCCGUUGGAGCCAUAGAAAUGAACUUAACGAACGAGUGGAAGCAGGACAUCGGCUGGGAGAUCUACUGCUCGUGGAAGAUUCCAAAUGGCGAUUCCUUACAGUCAGUCCGGUUGUACCAGAACAACCAGCAGUUCCUGAUAUUUAGACCUGAGACGGACGGAGACAGCCGCGUUUUAGUAUACAGACGUCUUGAAGAUGUUUUAACAACAAACUGUGCAAUUUCCAAAGAAGAAAGGCAGAUGGGAACUUGUGUAUUGACUUCUGAACUGUACCAGCCUCAGAAACAUGGCUUCGCAAUAACGUGUGAGGUGUCGGGAGAAAGGCCCUACUUUAGGAUGGAAAAUAAAACUAUUUUCGUUGAUAAAUAUGUUCCACCUACAGACACCGCGCUGAGGGUUGUGUCAGAGAAUAAGGAUACGGGUCGGGUGACCCUGAACUGCACCUCUAGUGGUGUACCGGGCCCUAAUUUGACGUGGACAAUACUUGGUCAACAAAAGAUCCCUCACGAUUUUACCGGUGUCGCUUGGAACGCAACAUCUAAACUAUGGGAUGUAUGGUCAGUGCUAUCUUACACGUCAAAUGCAGAAACUACUGCAGUUUGCACGCCAGAGGUCAGCACUGCUGGCAGGCUAGUGAAGGGACAAUCUGUUGAAUAUAGUUCUGCAGGGAGUUUUAGAGGACUAGUAAAACUAAUCAUGAGCGCUGCACUAUACCUGGCACUUCUAAGAUGACCAAUACAGGAGUAAAAGGCGAAUACUUAAUGAAACCAAAAACAUUUGAUUUGUUCAAUUUUAUUUCGGCUGAGUAUCGUUGUAAACGAUUGAAUAUUAUAACUUCAAUGCUGCAGUUACAAUAAGUAAGAUAAGUAAAGCUAUCAAAAGAAACUGAAUGUUUUGAUUUAAUGAAACAAAAUGGCGGAUUAACGUAUGCAGCUGACCAAUUGACAAUAAUAUCUGCUUGUCAAACUGACAGCGGCAUACACUACAGAUAAAAACCAUCUUCUGAGACAUAGAAAAUUAAGACUGAGUCAUGAUUUCUGAUGUUUAUCAAACAGAUAACUGAGAUGCCAUAUUAUCGAAAUGAUUGUUUUGUUUCCGUAUAACGGAAUUCAUAGAUAUUUUAUAAGCUAAGGCAACGUCCUAAUAUUAUAGUUUUUAGCCCGUGUAAGUAAGAGACCUACUUAUUGUAACUUCAGCUACAUUUUAUACAUAUUUUGGCUCUUUUUAGAGAUUCUUACAUGUUUUACAUUUUAUUCUGUAGGUUACCAUUAUAUUAAUUUUCUAUUACAGAUAAUAAUUGAAAUUCAUAGUAUAUUAUAAUAUGCACUUAAAAAACCUACUUAUUAAAUGAGAGGAAGACCUUUGCCAUUUAUAUAAUGUAAUAUAAUUAUUAUUAUUACCUAUAACAUGACAAGGUAAUGGAAAUGGUAAAAGUCCCCCACAAUGAAUGUUACGUGCAUUUCACAAUAUUUUUAUCAAUAAAAUCGUGACUAUACAAUUGUAAAUAAAUUUUGGACGUUAUAUUUCAUCAAAUAGAAGGAAAGUUUUUAAGAAAAUAAUAAUUUUAGCACCUCAGAGGCACUGGAAGGAUAGAUAUAAUAAAAAUACGUAAAAAUUAUUGUGACUAGGUCAAAGACAAUUACUUGCUUGCAAAAGAAACAGCGCCCUUUUAAUUUUAUACAAUACUUUAUGAAAUUACUCUCUAACUGACUUUUUUCGGUUAAUUUUGGCAUAUAAAUAUUCAGUGUAAAUUUUGCAAGCAAGUUUGCGUAAAGAAAAUAUAUUUUUAAGCAAAGAUCUGUAGGUAGGAACGUAAUUUUGUAGUUGAUAUUUUUGAAUGACAGUGUAGUUUAUAUAUUAUAGUACAGAUUUAUAAGUGUUUUUAUUAUAUAAUUACUUGUUUUAUUAGAUAUAAUGUGACGAAGCCAGUUGUUAGCCGCCCACCUAUUUUUAUUAUAAUUUAGAAACAUUCCUGUUUGAGAUUAUCAGUUUAUUCUAAGGUACCAAUAAAUGUAAUGUUUUAGUUUUUAAGUUCUUAGAUUUUCAAUUUUACCGAAAUAACUGUAUUUACAGAGGCCCGUAAAAUGAAACAUGCAGAUACUUAACUUAUUGCGCAAUUUUUUCUCAUAACAACUGUACCUAUGUCUUACAACAAAUUUUAAAUGAACGGUUUAGAGAUUUUUAGACAAUAAACAACAAGAAACCUU